AUGUCCAGUCCCAUCGCGAAGAGAAUGAAGUCCACCAAAGUAAUCGGUACCCACUCUGGUACAUUCCACUGUGAUGAGGCACUUGCUGUGUUCAUGCUUCGAUUGACCGAUGAAUUCAAGGAUGCCGACCUCGUUAGGACUCGUGACCCAGCUAAGCUCGAACCACUUGAUAUCAUAGUGGACGUAGGAGGAGUAUACUCCCCCGAGAAACAUCGAUACGACCACCAUCAAAGGGGUUUCUCAGAAGUGUUUGGAUCAGGUGGAUUCGAUAAGAUCAAAUUGUCAUCCGCCGGAUUGGUCUACAAGCAUUUCGGUAAAGAGAUUAUUGCGAAGAGGUUAGGUGUUGAUGUGCAGAAUGAAAAGGUCGAGACAUUAUGGUUGACCUUGUACUCUGAAAUGAUCGAAUCAGUUGAUGGUAUCGAUAACGGAGUCAACAUCUCUUCUUCUCCUUUAUCAUACACCCAACGUACCGAUCUGAGCUCAAGGGUCAAGAGGUUAAACCCGAACUGGAACGAGGAAGCUACAGAUGCCAUAUACGAUGAAAAAUUCGCUCAAGCAUCUAAAAUAACUGGAGAGGAAUUCCUAUCUCAAUUAGAUUAUUUCGCAUUUGCUUGGUUACCCGCUAGAGAUGUUGUCAAACAAGCUAUAGAGAAGAGGUUGGAGGUUGAUCAAUCGGGUCAAAUCGUGGUGUUCGAAAAGUCUUGUCCAUGGAAAGAUCACCUAUUCUCCCUCGAAUCUACCCUCCCUUCCAAGAUCCUCUACGUAUUAUAUCCCGAAUCCGACUCACCAGGUUCAAAAUGGCGUAUUCAAUGUGUACCCGAAUCAACAGAUAGUUUCGUCAAUAGGAAAUCCUUACCUGAACCAUGGUGUGGUAUGCGUGAUGAUAAAUUAUCACAAAUCAGUGGUAUCCCCGGUGGGACUUUCGUCCAUGCGAGUGGGUUUACGGGUGGUAAUGAGACUUUUGAAGGUGUUUUGGAAAUGGCUAGGAAAGCUUUGAGCUUUUAA